CAAGAUGGCGGCGAGUGCAAAUGGUGUUGGUAGGUAUGUYUGCCAACUCCAAAGACUGACGUUAAAUUAUUGCAGAGCCGGUGGAAGUAGUAGAGGUUUAAGGGAAUUUAUCGACAAAAGUUUGGUGGAUUUUGCGUCAAAAAAUCCUCAAAUAGCAGUUUACGUGCGUGAAAGAAAUGGAAAACACCCUAGAAUCGUGGCUAAUUAUUUAAAUGGAAAUAGUAAGAUAAUUGAUAUCAAGAAUGAAUAUCCACAAGACAUCCAAGUAUGGCUGGACAGACUGAAAGGAGAAUCUGGCAAAAAGAUUGAAAAGAUCAGAAAGUUCUGGCAUACAGACCAUCCUUCUAUACAAGGAACAUGGACUCCAUUUAUGAACAAACCUUUGUGAAAGAAUAUCAAAAAUGGUGUAGAUAUUUGUGAAUAUUAAGGUACACUCCUAGAAUACAUCUGCCUUUGUCUUAGAGUAUUGUUCUUUCUUUGUACAGUAAUGAUGAAACCUUUUAUUGCAGUACGAAUCGAAAAACCUCGGAGAAAUAUUUUGGGAAUGUUGUUUGUUGCCCAAUUAGAGGGAGAUUAACUAUCAUCUGGUUGCAUUUUCACCUGCAAAUUCAAUCAAAACUUUGACGUUACAAAUAAGUAAACUAGUUUAUCAGCAGAAAAUGGGCUGUAAAAAGCUCACAAUAGUACAAUUUCAUUGUUUAGAAUAAACACAAAGUUUGUUCRUUUAUGUUUUACAUCAUGCUUUCUUGUUUGUGAUCUGAAGCCACUCUUCAAGURCACAAAUCUCAAAAUAUUUCUAGGCAGUCGCAGCUUUUCAAUUUACACUGUAAUAUUUUCCAUGGAGACAGGGAAACAUGCAAUCAGUGAUGUUACAGCUAAUCUUGGUUUUCACAUGACAUCAUUAAUCUUCAAAACACAAACUCUUUUCCAAAAAGUGAAUAUUUUAUUGGCUGUARUGUUAUAAAACCAUUACAAAUCCAUUCUUAUGAAUAGUCUCCUUCACGGUUACCUGCGCCAUCUUGAAAGGUAGCCGUGCCUUUGCAUCGAAGCGAGACAACCGUUGAGUGUGCAAUGAUAGAAACCUUCUUUCACACCUACAGACAAUUAUUCACAGGUUUCUAUCAUUGCACGCUCAACGGUUGUCUCGCUUCGAUGUAAAGGCAUGGCUACCUUUCAAGAUGGCGCAGGUAACUGAGAAGGAGUCUAUUGUCACAGCAUCAAAUAUGACUUGAGAGCAAGCCAGGAACACACCAUAAUGACAAUCAAUCAGCUGACAACAAUCUGUUGACAUUACUGAAAAGAACAUGAAAAAAAAGUAGAACCUACAUCGUGUACAUUACAUUGUAGUAUUAUUUUAAAAAGGUGAAUAUAAAUUAAAGUUCUUUUUCUACACA